AGCGGCUUUGAGCCAGCAGCAGCAGCAGUAGCAGCAGAAGAAGAAGAAGAAGGAGGAGGAAGAGGAGAAGAGGAGGAAGAAGAUGAUGGCGGUGCGCUGGAUGUAAACAAAGAUGUUGAAUCGUCUACAGGAUGAUCCGCUGUUUAAGGAAGAAGAAGGUUUAAUUACCCAAACGUAAAGACUGCAGGAUCCAGAUUCACCUCCAAACAGCUGCUGAUCCACUUGACCCAGUCUGACGAGACCUGGUCCAGCCCGGUCCGGUCUGGUCCAGUCUGGUCUGGUCUAGUGUGGUCUGGUCCGGUCCGGUCUGGUCCAGUGUGGUGAUGGCGGGUCGAGGUAGUGGGCGGGGUCGGAGGAUGAUGAGUUUCAGCGUGGAGGCGGUCGGCAUCAACAGAGGAGACAGUUUACCUCCAUCCAUCCAACAACCUACACCUCUGUAUCCUGUGAUGGAGCAGAAGCCCCUCCCACUGACGGGUGGAGAGGAGGCGGAGUAUCUGUUAGCUCUCAAACAGGAGUUCAGAGGAGCCAUGAAGAGUUUACCCUGCUUCAUCCAACCAGCUGCUGCACACAGAGAUGUGGAGAGAUACUCUGAUAAAUAUCACAGCAGCGAGCAGACGGACGGACUGACGGAAUGGACUCCAGACUGGAAAAGAUUUCCAAAAGAACUCAGAGUAAAGAAGCCUGCCAGAGAAGGUGUCUCAGCAGCAGUCAGUCGCUCUGACAAACUUCAGUCGGGGCAGAAGAAGAAAAAGGUGAAAGAGAAAGAGGAAGUACUGCUCAAACUGGAGACUCUGCAGAAGAAGGAGGAGCAGCAGAGCUCGGAGGAGGAAGAGGAGGGAGAGGAGAAGAAGAAGAAACAGGAGGAAGAGGAGGCCGAGGGAGAGGAGGAGUACGACGAGGAAGAGUUUGAGGAGGAGACGGAUUACGUCAUGUCCUACUUUGAUAACGGAGAGGAGUUCGGAGGAGACAGUGACGAGAAUAUGGACGAGGCUAUUUACUGAAACACUCAUUUUAUCACUUUUUACAGCGGAAAGAAACAAAACGUCCAGCAACAGUUUUUAUAAACCAGUGAAUGAAUGAAUGAACGAGUGAGUGAGUGAGUGAGUGAGUGAGUGAGUGAGUGAGUGAGUGAGUGAGUGAGUGAGUGAGUGAGUGAGUGAGUGAGUGAGUGAGUGAGUGAGUGA